AUGAGGAGAGGUCAUUCCAUAUUUCGGAUCGUUCGCGAGGCUCUCAAAAUUUCUUGUCAAUUAAGAUACGUCGGACCAGCCCCACGUCGCAUCUUGACUGCCGGUUUCACAUCGUCGUUAGCGUUGUCAUUUUUCUCGUCUUCAUCUCAUCCCCAAGUGGAUGAAUCUAAACCAGCAAAUUUUGACAUCAUUGUUCGAGAGGCGGACGCGCUCUACGAUAGCUAUCUUAUUGAUAAUGCAUACAGCAUUUUGAAAAGGUUGGUCUCGUUCUCACGAUCUUUUUAUGUCUUCCACGUUGCCAGCCGUUUUUACACUAUAUAA